UCAGUCAGCCAGCCACAACCCUCCCUGCCUCUGGACCAAAAUAGACAGUUGAGGGCAGAGCAGCUGAGAUCAACCAGAAAUGGCUGCCACCGGAGUUCUUCCCUUCAUCCGGGGGGUAGACCUCAGUGGAAACGACUUCAAAGGCGGGUACUUCCCAGAGCAUGUCAAGUGUAUGAGCAGUCUGCGAUGGCUGAAACUCAACAGAACAGGACUGUGUUACCUCCCAGAGGAGCUGGCCUCUCUGCAGAAGCUGGAGCAUCUUUCAGUGAGUCACAACAGCCUGACCACUUUACAUGGAGAGCUGUCCAGCUUACCAAACCUGCGGGCGGUGGUAGCCAGAGCCAACAACCUGAAAAACUCUGGAGUCCCAGAUGACAUCUUUCAGCUCGAUGACCUCUCUGUGCUGGACCUGAGCUACAACCAGCUGACAGAGAUCCCCAGGGACCUGGAGAACAGCAGGAAUAUGCUGGUGCUGAAUCUGAGCCACAACAGCAUCGACUCCAUCCCCAACCAGCUGUUCAUCAACCUGACAGACCUGCUGUAUCUGGACCUGAGCGACAACAAGCUGGACAGCCUGCCGCCGCAGAUGAGACGCCUGGUUCACCUGCAGACGCUCAUACUGAACAACAACCCCUUGAUGCAUGCCCAGUUGCGCCAGCUGCCAGCCAUGGUGGCAUUACAGACUCUCCACCUGAGGAACACCCAGAGGACCCAGAGCAAUAUGCCCACCAGCCUGGAGGGUCUGACACAUUUAGCAGAUGUUGACCUGUCAUGUAACGACCUGACCCGGGUGCCAGAGUGCCUCUAUUCACUGGGCAGCUUGAAGAGACUCAACCUAAGCAGUAAUCAGAUCUCAGAGCUGUCUCUCUGCAUUGACCAGUGGACUCAGCUGGAGACGCUCAACCUGAGCCGCAACCAGCUCACCUCACUGCCUUCUGCGAUCUGUAAACUGUCCAAACUGAAGAAGCUGUAUGUCAACUCCAACAAACUGGACUUUGAUGGCGUUCCACCGGGUGUGGGCAAACUGUCCAGCCUCACUGAGUUCAUGGCUGCUAACAACAACCUGGAGCUUAUCCCAGAGGGGCUGUGCAGGUGUGGCAAGCUGAAGAAGCUGGUGCUGAAUAAAAACCGCCUGGUAACACUGCCUGAGGCCAUCCACUUCCUGACUGAUUUAGAGAUUUUGGACGUGCGUGAGAACCCCAACCUGGUGAUGCCUCCUAAACCAGUGGACAGAGGAGCAGAGUGGUACAACAUUGACUUCUCUCUACAGAACCAGCUCCGGCUGGCCGGGGCCUCGCCUGCUACCGUAGCUGCUGCUGGAGGAGGAGCCAGCCCCCGAGACCCACUGGCAAGGAAGAUGAGGCUAAGGAGGAGGAAGGACUGUUCUCAGGACGAUCAGGCGAAGCAGGUGCUGAAGGGCAUGAGUGACGUUGCACAGGAAAAGAAAAACUUAGAGGAGAACGGGGACUUGAAAUAUGCUGAUUUAAAGACCCGGCGGUGGGACAAGAGUCUAGAGAAACCUCACCUGGACUACUCUGAGUUCUUUUUGGAGGACGUGGGGCAGGUUCCAGGUGUAUCAGUGUGGCAGAUAGAGAAUUUUAUUCCGGUACAAAUAGAUGAAGCGUUCCAUGGCAAGUUCUACGAGGCUGAUUGCUACAUCAUUCUCAAGACCUUCCUGGAUGACAACGGCGCCCUGAACUGGCAGAUCUUUUACUGGAUCGGCCAGGAGGCCACUCUGGACAAGAAGGCGGGCUCUGCCAUCCAUGCCGUCAACCUCAGAAAUUUCCUGGGAGCAGAGUGCAGGACGAUACGGGAGGAGAUGGGAGAUGAGAGCGAGGAGUUCAGUGCAGUGUUUAACAAUGAGAUCUCCUACAUUGAGGGAGGAACAGCCAGCGGAUUCUACACGGUAGAAGACACGAACUACGCUGUCAGGUUGUACAGAGUUUACGGCAAGAAAAACAUCAGACUGGAGUCCGUACCUUUGAAGGCCUCCUCCCUCGACCCUAGGUUUGUCUUCCUGUUGGACACAGGGCUGGAGAUCUUUGUCUGGAGAGGAGCCAACGCGACUCUCAGCAGCACCACAAAGGCCAGGUUAUUUGCAGAGAAGAUCAAUAAGAAUGAGCGUAAGGGAAAGGCAGAAAUCACAAUCCUCAUGCAGAACCAGGAGCUGCCUGGUUUCUGGGAGGUGCUGGGAGGACAACCAGAGGAGAUCAAGAAACACGUACCAGAUGACUUCGCUCCUAUCAGACCCAAACUCUACAAGGUGGGCUUGGGUCUGGGCUACCUGGAGCUGCCACAGAUCAACUACAAGCUGUCAGUCGAGCACAAAGACCACAAGAUCAAACUGGACACUUUACCAGAGAUGAGACUGGUUCAGUCUCUGCUUGACACAAAGUGCGUGUACAUCCUGGACUGCUGGUCUGACGUGUUCAUCUGGAUCGGGAGGAAGUCUCCACGUCUCGUACGAGCCGCUGCUUUAAAACUGGGUCAGGAGAUCUGCUCCAUGCUGCACCGGCCCAAACAUGCCUGCGUCACCCGUAACCUGGAGGGCACUGAGUGUCAGGUGUUCAAGUCCAAGUUUAAGAACUGGGAUGACGUGUUGAAGGUGGACUACACCAGAGCAGCUGAGACUGUACAACAGAAGGACAACCUACAGGGCAAGGUGAAGAAGGACGCAGAGCAGAAAGACCAGAUGAAAGCUGACCUCACAGCGCUGUUCCUUCCCAGGCAGCCAGCCAUGCCCCUCACUGAGGCUGAACAGCUGAUGGAGGAGUGGAAUGAGGACCUGGAUGGCAUGGAGGGAUUUGUGUUGGAGGGAAAGAAGUUUGCUCGCCUGCCUGAGGAGGAGUUUGGGCACUUCCACACUCAGGACUGCUACGUCUUCCUCUGCAGAUACUGGGUGCCUGUGGAGUACGAAGAUGAUGAGAAAGACAAAAAGGAGGGCGAAGGUGGGGAAGGAGGAGGACGCGCAGCAGAGGAGGAAGAGGACAAACAGCCCGAGGAGGACUUCCAGUGUGUGGUGUACUUCUGGCAGGGCAGGCAGGCCUCCAACAUGGGCUGGCUCACGUUCACCUUCUCGCUGCAGAAGAAGUUUGAGAGUCUCUUCCCUGGAAAACUGAAGGUGGUGCGUAUGACUCAACAGCAAGAGAACCUCAAGUUCCUGUCUCAUUUCAAGAGGAAGUUUAUCAUCCACAAAGGGAAGAGGAAACAGAAGACUGACUCUGCUCAGCCCUCUCUCUACCACAUACGUACCAAUGGGAGCGCACUUUGCACCAGGACCAUCCAGAUUGGAACAGAUUCCAGUAACCUCAACUCAGAGUUCUGCUUCAUUCUCAAGGUACCAUUUGAAAGCACAGACAAUCAGGGCAUUGUUUACACCUGGGUGGGCAGAGCUGCCGACCCUGACGAGGCCAAGCUGGCCGAGGACAUCAUGAACAGCAUGUUUGAUGACACGUACAGCAAACAGGUGAUUAAUGAGGGGGAGGAGCCAGAGAACUUCUUCUGGGUGGGGAUUGGCUCUCAGAAGGAGUAUGAUGAAGAUGCAGAUUAUAUGAAACACGCUCGGCUCUUCAGGUGUUCCAAUGAGAAGGGUUAUUUCUCUGUGUCAGAGAAGUGCUCCGACUUCUGUCAGGACGACUUGGCUGACGAUGACAUCAUGUUACUUGACAACGGCAGUGAGGUGUACAUGUGGGUCGGCACUCAGACCAGCCAGGUGGAGAUCAAACUAAGUCUCAAAGCCUGCCAGGUUUACAUCCAGCACAUGCGCUCUAAAGACGCUGAACACCCCAGGAAGCUGCGACUGGUGCGGAAAGGGAACGAGCCGCACUGCUUCACCCGCUGCUUCCACGCAUGGGGAGCUUUCAAAACUCCCCCGGCAUAGACACUCACACGCACAGAAACGCUCACACCUACAUCAAAUCUAUUCGCUGCCAUGUAAUUUUCUACCAGUAAGAUGAUGAUGAUGAUGAUGAUGUCUACGCCUAACUCGGCUUUACCUGAGCUUUUAUCCCCCCCCAGUUCCCUACCCCCCCUUCCUGCUCAGCGCUGCUGUUCAACAGCCUCUUGACCACAGUGUUACUGUCAGAGUCUGCCAUCAGAAACAGAUUUUAGUUUCAUCCCAGUCAGUGAGAGUUGUUCUGGUCGAGAGGCUGCUGGCUGUUUCUCGUCUUUGGGACAAACAGCAAAAUAUCACUUUUUUCUACGAGCUUUUUUUAGCAGCAAGUCUGAACGCUGUUGUUAGAUGAAAGAAGAGAAUUAUGUUUUAAGAUGAAAUAGGUCUAAGGUGUACAGAGGCUUUAUAAAACAAACCCAAAGGGAGGUGAAUGCCCUAACAUAUCGAUCUGUUCUGCUGCUGUCACGUGGCUUGUGCUGCAUGGUCAAUAGUUUUCAGUGGAGGAGGGUCAAGUGCUCGUCACUGCCGGAGUCACUCCUCCAUGCUCGGUGCCAUUUUGCGCAGCUCAUCUGAAGCAGUUCAAGGCAGAUAAAAGUUGAUUUACUUUUUUUUUUUCAUCACAGAGGGAGUGAAAAACAGCACUGUUCAUGUUUUUCUGAGGAAUGUUGGUUUAUACAUAUAUUUUUCUGUUGUGCGGAUUAUACGUGGUAUGUUUGUGCGUCUGCCCCGUGCGCCUUCACUGAAAUGGGGACGCCCCCUUGCCCCAGAGUCUGACUGGUUGCUGUUCUCACCUCCUCUAACUUGUCCAGUGAUCCAGGUUCAGUUUAACAAAACUUGACUUUGUUGUAAAGAUGCUUUGGACAGUCAUUUGUUAAACAGUAAAAUUUAUUUGGCCAAAGAAAUCUUGAGCGGAGGUCCUGGUCCAAGUUAAAGUGUGAGGCCGAGCUGUUUUAUGUUUAAGGUCAAAUGUUUAAAUGUGCAAUCGGUAGAGCAAGGGAGAAAUAUUACUGUAUUCUACCACGCUACAGGCUGCAUUCAACUUCUCAAAAGGUUUUUCUUGCUUUUCUGGAGCAGAGAGAAAAGCUCAGGAGUUUUUCCAAAACAGCAUCAUGUUUGAAAAAGUAAAGGAAUUAUGUGUGAAACUCUCCAGGUUUGUUUCUUUUUCAAAUGAGGUUGUCGUUUUGGAUUAAACUUAGUUUUUCAAAUCUGAUUUUAAUGGGAGAUCUUUUGCUUCAUAUGAGACAUAUCUUAAUACAGUGUCUUUUGGCUCCACUGAUCUCAAAUCAGUAGUUUGCAUGGUAAACAGAUGAGUUGUUAACCACUUCUAGAUCAGUGCCUCCAGAGUCAACUUUUAAGUACAGAACUGCUGCAGUGCUUCUUGUGAUCAUAUGACCUGUGUAGUGUGCAGGCAUUGGUCCAAAAACAUCCCUCUAUGUACCGUAUUCUCAAAUGGCUGCAACUACCAUCAUUUAGUUUCUUUAUACUUUAUUUUGUGGGGUGAAUUGUAUGCCUGGUAGUGUGUUUGAGUCCUACACAUAUCUGUAUGUGUAUAUAUGAAUAAGUGCACAUGCUCCUGAUGCCACCUGCAGAUGCUUUAUUUAUGUAUUUUAUAUUAAAAUAAAAUCUCACAUCACGUAUUA